GGUUCCAUCACGAUCCGAUCCGAUCCGAUCCCCUUACGUUUCGACUUUAGGGUUUGAGAGGAGAAUGCUCUUCUCGCCCGACCCCCCGCCCCGUACUCUCCUCCCCUACCCACGCCUCCGCCUACCACUCUUCCAGCUCUUCCGGCAACCUCCGUCCGUCGCCGGCGAUCACCUUGUCCGGUGACCUUCUCCAGCGCCUUCACCAGUCCUUUCCGCGCCUCCGGCUACUAUCGCCUCUGCGUCUCCGACAACCAUUCGAGCACCUCCUCCGGCUUAGUCGAGCAAGGGAAUGAUUUGAAGUAGCAGCAAGAGAAGCUGAUAGUGAUGACAACUGAAACGAAGAUAAAUUCAGCUCAGAAGAUUGAUCCGGGGGUUCCUUCAUCUAAGAUAUUGCAUAAAGCUGCUGAAUUUAAACGAUACAGCAGGAAAUACCCCUUCCUUCGGUAUGGCCUUCCGCUCAUUUCUCUCACAGUAUUAGGAUCGGUUGGCCUUUCUCAUCUCAUUCAAGGAAGUAAAGAAGUGACAAAAGAAAAGGAUGAUCUAGAGUGGGAGAUCAUUGAAACAACAAAAUCACUCACGAAAACUGGGCCCAAGGAUGGCUAUAAGCCAAAAAAGAUUUCUCUAGAGGAGGAGUUGAAGGUUUUACAGCAGAAGGUUGACAUCAACAAAUAUGAGUACAAGAGGAUUCCCAGACCUAAUGAAGGACAAUCAAGCAAAAAUUAACUAAUACUUGUUCAAGCCUUUUUAUUUUACAAUGUAAUGUUUAAUAUUAUUUGAAGCAUAUUUUAAGUUCUUGCUGUGAUAUAAUGUGAUUAUUUUUUUUUUGUUCGACAUUGUUAAUCGAAUAUGAUCCAAUAAAUUGGAAUAUUCUCCCCGUUCAAAA